AUGGCUGCAAAUAAUUCUAGGUCUUCAUUUGAUACUUCUGCGCACAAAUCUGAUGAUUCGAACAAGGUUUACUCUACACCAGUUCUUUUCAUAUCUGAUGAAGAUAUCGAUGAAAGCCUAAAUGAGUGGAAGUUUAGCUUGAUUGGCAUAUUGGAUUUCGUAAAGUUAAAAUUCGAAACUGCAGUUACUUCUCUGAAGAAUCAAUGGAAGCUUACAGGUGCAGUUCAACUGAUUCCCAUUGGUAAAGGUUUUUUUAUCAUUAAGCUAGAUAAUGAGAUUGAUAUGAAUUAUAUCUGGAAGGGGUAUUGGAUGGUUGAUUCACAAACUCUGAAACUGAGAGAAUGGGAACCAAACUUUAAUCCAGUUAAUCAAAAAUCUACUACUGCUUUUGUUUGGAGAAAAGUUGGGUAUUAUGCUAGUGUUCUUGUUGAAAUUGACUUAGCACAACACAUUCCAAAUCACAUUUUAAUCAAUACAAAGCAUGGUAGCUUUGAACUGGAAAUCCAAAUUCCAAGAAUUCCUAAAUUUUGUGACCAUUGUAAGGUGGUGGGUCAUUUAGUGGUUGAAUAUAGAUCAAAGAAGAAAGACAUUCAUGAAGAAGAUCAAGUAGAUGUUGAUGGAUUUACUCCUGUUAUUAAAAGGAAUGUUUGGAGAGUUAAAGCUAAGAAGGCAACUAGUGUUGUUUUUGAUAUUUGUCCAUCUCCAAAAAGAAUUGUAGCUGACAAUACAGUUAACUCAGAUAUUUUUUCUUACAUUAAUUUGGUUCAAUCCCCUAAAAUAUCUCAAGCUCAAACUGAAGUACCUACUACAUCUAAUGAAAUUGGGGAACAUAGUGGUGUUAUCAAGGAAAUUAUACAACCUGGUGAGUUACAUUCUGAUUCUGCAGUUAUUAUUUCUGUCAAUAAAUUUAACCCUAUUGCUGAGGUGGGAGAUUCUAUGGACUAUUCAAGCUCUGAGGAUGGUGAAAUCAAAGAGGUGAAUACUGCCAUUCUUCUUAAUAUGAGUUCAGUUUCACAACCUGUCACCAUUUUGAAGCCUUCUGUUGAACAAAUUGUUCUUAAUAAACAUACAAUCAUUGAAAAGAAAAAACCUCCAGCUAAGAUUAUUAAGACUGCUCCAACUACUAGAAAAACUAGAAGAGAUCUUUUGAAAACUGUGUUAAAUGAGAGGAGUUCCACACCUCCUCAUCCCUCUUCCUAA